CCGGACGACUCUGACAGACGGACUGCUUUAAAGGAGCGACGGAGCGGUCAGGUGACACACGUGGUUUCUCUCUGACGCCGCUUGUUAUUGUCCAACAUGAGUUCAGACACAGUUUUAUUAGUAGAGACGGUGAAUUUCGCGGCGGAGAAGCAUCGCAGUCAGCGGCGCAAAGACCCGGAGGGGACCCCGUACAUCAACCACCCCAUCGGAGUCGCGAGAAUCCUCAGCCAUGAAGGAGGCGUCUCAGACAUCGAGGUUUUACAAGCUGCUCUGCUUCACGACACGGUGGAGGACACGGACACGUCUCUCGAAGAGCUCGAGGCCAAGUUCGGACCGGUCGUUGCUCGUAUCGUUCAGGAGGUGACGGACGACAAAAGCCUGAACAAACAGGAGAGGAAACGUCAGCAGGUGGAGCACGCGCCUCACUGCAGCCGGCAAGCCAAACUGGUCAAACUGGCUGAUAAACUGUACAAUCUGAGGGACUUGAACCGCAGCACACCAGCCGGUUGGACAGCCGAGCGGGUGCAGGAGUAUUUCGUUUGGGCCCGUGAGGUGGUGAGAGGCCUGAAAGGAACACACUCCGCUCUGGAGGCGAAGCUGGAGGAGCUGUUCAGACAGAGAGGGAUCCAGCUCUGACCACGCAGAGGACAGCACAGCGUUCUGAUUACAAAGACAAUACUGUUUCAUUUGUUCAUUUUCGAAUAAAUCAUAUCGUAUACA